UCGGCCUUUCUGGAUGAACAUUCGCAUAAUUGAUGCGUAUUGUACUUGCCCUUCCGUGCGGCGCUGAUCAUGAGCUUGGGACGCUGCUUCCUGGGGAUUUCCCGGCUCCUGUUCGGGCCGCGGCCCAGCACACUGGUGCUGCUGCGGCAUGGGGAGCGUGAGGACUACAUGGCUGAGAAGGCCGGACGCGGUGCCGCGUGGAUCUCGGCGAGCGCGAGACCCUGGGACCCGCCGUUGGCGCCCAACGGACGGCAGCAGGCGCAGAGCGCGGCCACGCGCCUUCGACAGGUGCUGACGGCCGCCCAGUUGCCUCCGCCCUCGCGGAUUUUCACCUCGCCGCUGGUGCGUGCGGUGGAGACGGCGGACUGGGUGGCCGAAGAGUUUGGCGUCGACUCCUUAUUUGUUGAGGAAGGCCUCACAGAAUCGGCCUAUGAGCAGUGGAUGAGGCAAUGGGCGGUUCCGGGUGCCAACUCCGAUUGGGGAGGGCCGCCCUCCUGCGGCAUGCCAAAGGUGCAAAGCCGGGCGGAGCGCUCCGUGCAGGGCACGCCGGUGCGGCACGAGGAGUUGAGACCGGAAGCACUGGAAGGCUUGCAAGCACUGCUGCUGACAGCUGCUGAGCUCAAGGAAGCAGGUUGGCGCCGUGUGGAUGAGAAUUAUGCCAGUUAUGUACCUGUCCGUGGGAAGGGAUACCGCUGGGGCCACUUCGAAUUCCAAGAGGAGGUCAUCCAGCGGUGCUGUGCGGCCGUCUUACGCCUGCUGGAACGACACCCUCAGGAGACCUUGGUCUUUGUCUCUCACGGCGGCCCCACGCAGUACUGCUUCAAAGAGUUGUCCGGUCAGAAAUACCGAGGCAGCUCUGGGAUGUGCGCCAUGUCAGUGCUCAGCCGGAAAGGUCAGGAGCCCUGGCAGGUGCUGCUGGCCAACGAUGCUUCGCACGCGAAGGUGUAUGCGCAUGGUGAAGAAACGACCAUUUGAGCGAGGAAAGAGUGCACGAGGCUUGCGGCUUGCGUGUCGGCUGGGGCCAAGAGGGUGGACGUGACGGCAUGAUACGG